AUGAUUUCUGACAAAAUUGACUAUCCAAAAGCAUCCAAACUAAUUAGUGAUGCUGGUUUUAUCAUUUACAUUGGAGGAUUUCUCUUAAUCAUUGCAUUUAUAAGCCCUUAUUGGUGGGAAUCGCAUGAUGAUGCGUCCACAAAUUUGGAGCACAUGGGUUUAUGGACAUACUGUUUUAAUCACACCCAAUACCCUUACUAUCAAUUUGAAAAACUCUUUGAUGGCUGCAAUACAGUAUUCAGUGAAGAAUAUUACGUUAUUCGAGAUCGGCUAUUACUAGGAUGGCUUUUAGUUUUGGACGUUUUCAUGAGUUUAGCAGUAUUGUUAUCACUUGGGACAUUACCAAUAAUUGUUGCUGUUGUAACGAGAUAUCCACAACGUCUCGUACUGAAAUAUGAGUACAUGCUUUCAGCUUUAUGUUUCUUAGCGGCUGCAACUACUACUGUAUUGAUACUGUUUACUGUGAGCCUGUUCCCAUUAUACUGUUGGAUACGUGGUUUGGUCAUGUAUCCUAUGUAUAACCAUCUAUCGUGGUCAUUUUAUAUAGCUAUUCUAUCAGGUUUUGUGCAUGCUUAUGGAGCAUGGUAUUUAUUUCAGGGCUCAAAAAUUGCCUAUGAACAAAGAAGGAAGAUUGAAAAUUUAGUCAUGCAAAUAAAUGUAUUCUACAAUCAAUAA